UUUGUUUGCGUUGAGCAGUUUUUUCGCACGACCGUGCCCCGGUCGAUGGAUUAGCACAAAAUGAACUACAAAUUCGAUACCAGUGAUUUGACGCGUCGCCUUAAACGAACAUUCGAUGGGAAUCUGUCGUAUCGGAAACUUUUCUUGCUGCUUUUCGUCGUAGCCGUAUUCUUGCUGUACAUCGGACCGUCGUUUCUGCGGUGGUUAUUUGGACAUGCAGAACCAGCCAGAGAUCAGACGAUGCGCUGCAUGGACGAUCGAUUGACACCAUUCUAUCUGCAGAACCUCGAGUACAACGUCAAUAUUCGGCACCAGCCGGCUUUCCCUCACGAGCAUGACGCAAUCCCGUACGUGGGUAACGGAUGGUUCGGGUUGGAGGUGCAUACUGAUGCACACCUUAACAUUUACCGCGGUCGGGCCCUUCAGCAGCCCAUUAACUUUCAUCCAAUCGUCAGUGUAGUUAGCGGGGGUCAGUCUCCUAGCAGGGAGGCAACCGUCGUAGAAUACCUAAGCGGGAUCGUGCAUCGAUUUCAAUGUUUUCCCGAGGGUUACCAUGUUUCGUACCAGUACUAUGCCCAUCGUACGAUGCCUUCCGUGUUGGUGCAGGAAAUCCAGCUUACAAACACAAAAAAUCAGCUGACCGACAUAGAACUGAUCGUGCCCCGCAUCUCCGAUUGGCCAUCCGCCAUAGUGAAGAGUAUCAAACUGCAGCAUGGUUCCGCAAUACUAGAGUACCAGGUGGUUACAGGCAUGGUCGACACGAUGCCAGUACCGGGAAACACGGAAGACAGUAAGGUGCGUGCGGUAUCGAUUGUGGCGCGCAAAUUGCCACGUGUGUUGACGCUGAAAAAACGGGGAACCACAAAGCUGGAGCUGCUGCUGACAAUACACUACUCGGACCCGAUUCCACGCGACAAGUAUACGGUACAUAAAGAAUUGAUUGAAAAGCAAGCGGUCGAUGCGAUGAACAAGGCACUCGUAGCGGCGGAACACGGCGAACAUAAUGCUUAUCAUAAUUUGAAGCGGGAUCAUAUUGCCGUGUGGAACAAACUUUGGGAAACGGGCUUCCACAUCAGCACAUCGAAGGCAGAAAAUACCUUAAACGGUAACAAUAUCAAUGCAACGAUGUACGCCGUGAUUUCGCAGGCACGAGCUUUCGAGUACGAACAGUCGGUUACGGCAAGCCGUAAGGAUGAAAUAGCUCGAGCUUUGACGUACGCGGAAGGCUGCUACGACAGCUAUCAUACACUGCAGGCAGAGAACUUGUGGCGUCAGAUGUCUUCGUUCGAGGAGCUUAAUGCUGUGGUUGGAUCUUGGAUGCUUACUUUGGAGAAACAGGGCUGCCACAAUCUAAUCAAGGCGGGCGCGAGUGGUAUCGUUCAGGCGAUGGUGCUCAGUUUCGGAGGAUUCCGUUUUAGCAAUCAACAUCUGGAGUUGAACAUUCAUCCAAAGUAUUUGCAUCGCGACUACGACUUCCGUCGACUGAACUACGGUAACAUGACGCAUUUAAAUAUCUCGAUUACCGUGCGGGAUGACAACAAGGCCAUAAUGUACGUGGCCUUGGAUCGGUCCGAUCGGAAUUAUUACGCCUGCGAUGCGGGUUGUCUCGAUGAUCCGGUACAGUUGCGACAAUCCCGGCUCAUGUUCCCAGUGAAACUUACCGAACCGGUGACCUCCAUUCUCUACAUUACGUCCGACCGGAAGCACAUGGAAGAUCUCCGACAUGCCAUCCACGUGAAGGAGGUCGUCGAAGCGCCCGCCCACGAGCACCACGUGAUUGCCCUGCACCGCCACGGGCACCAUCUCGGUGGGCUACCCACACUGUUCUGGGUUUCGAUAUGCGUGAUUAUCAUUGUUUUUCAUGUGUUCCUUUGUAAGCUAAUAGUGAAGGAAUAUUGCGAACCACCGGACAAGAUGCGUUACCGUUACAGCAAACCGUAGGACGCGAGGACGUGUUAUUUCAUCUUAUGUAAAUAUUUAGUUUAUCUUUCCUCCCGGCCUUUCGGUUGAUUCCAACGUUGAUUGUACGAUGAUUUUUCCACGCGACAAAGACCACGACGUUAUUGCUAGCACAAUAUAUUUAACCGUACAGGCAAUAAGUGUGUCUUAAGUUAAAAACAAUAAGGCGUCGUUUUUUAUAUCAAAAACAACCCUCUAGAAAGUAUUAAUUGAAAGCAAAGCAAAAUAAAAGUGUGGAAUAUUGA